AAGGAAGAGGAUUUUGUUUGUGGUUCUUUCAUGUGACCCAGAGGACAAGAAGGUGUGUCCCCUCCUGCAGGUGGUAAGUAGAUCAAGUGGAUCAUCAGCUGGUUCCUUCAUAUUUCCAUUGCAGUUUGUGCUAUUAGACACAGACGACAACUGCAGAGCUAAAAGCAGGAACUCUUAAAGAGGAAUACAAAAGAAAUAAGAGAUUCAAAGGACUGUUACUAUGGAAACAAGAGUUUCCAUACCUAGCUCUCAAAGUCCGAUCUCUGAAGAUGAAGAUAGCUUCAGGAUGAAGCCGGACUACAACCCUGUGACAGACCACACAGAUAUGACAGAGGGUCACUUAUUGCCGACCUUUGCUGAAAAGUGUCAAGAAGACGACGACAACACCCUCCCUCCUGCCCCUGCAGCUCUCACAAGGUACUACAAUGUGAUGGAUGAUGAGGGCAUAGAUGAUGUGUUCAUGCCUCCUCCUUCUCUUCCUCCUCCUGUAUCCCACAGGGCUCUUCCACUGGCAACAGAGGACAGCUCAGGUGCAGCUGAUCUAAGCGUCAGUGAUUCCAGUGUGACCUUUACAAAUGGGGCAGCUGAUGUCAUGGCGGAUAAACCUGAUCUAAACAGCUUAGAAUGGCCACAUGAGGAAGAGCUAAUAGAAGAGCAGACUGACAGGGAGGAACUGAUAGCAAGUACAGUGCAGAUAUCUAACGAGCCUCUGGACAUCGUAUCAUCAUCAGAAACCUCCACAGCACCAUCUGAUCAAGAUCAAGCAUCCAUGGAUGGUAUUCUGACAGAAUCACGCUUAGAUCCAUCAGGAAGAGAUCAGCAGGACAGCACAACAAGUGAUGAAGAAUCAGACGAGGAACCUGAAGAUAUUAUCAUUUUGAGUGAUGGAUCAGACUCUGACGAAAAUAAUAUGAGAGACAAAUGUCCAAACCGUACAACCAGCAGUGAAAAGCCUCAAGAUGUGAUGCAAGAGAUGAUGAUCGAAUCUUCAGGGGAAUCUCCAGACGUUUGUGAUCUCACUGAGUCUGUCUCACAACUAACAACAUGUGAUUAUGAUUUUACCCAAAUGAAUAAAGAGUCACUUGAGCCAGUGGAGAACUGCAACCAAAGCAGUAAGGACUCAGUAGAAACUCACUCCCUGGAACCGGAAAUCCAAGAAAAGGAGAUCAAUGAGGACGAAGUGCGUGUUGACGCGAGGUCAUUUAAUUAUAUUACAACCAAAUAUGAGUGGAUGAGGAGGGAUAGUGACACAAGUGAUGUUCAAGAUGCCCAGCAACUUCCCUUCAAGGACAGUUCUAGAGAAAAUGUAACGCAGCCUAUGUCUUCAUCUGAUGACCGAAGAGGAUCCAAAGAGCAAGAGGUGGAGAAAAAGAGAAAGCAGAGUGAUGGAAGCAGGACAAUUGCUACUGAUAUCCAACAUGGGGAGGAACUACUCCAACGCUUGCAAUUGUUGCAGCAACAGCAACAUCCUUCUAUCUCACAGGAGGGAGUCCAAGAGACAACUAAAGAGACAAGAACCAAGCACAUGGCCACAGAUGUGUCUGGGAUUAAACUAGCCCACCUGAGAGCAACAGGGUGGGAUCUAUCACAUGAAGAUGAGAAGGAAGAAGAAACACCAAAGACAAGCUUGCUGCUUAGGGACAAGAAAAGAAAGAGUGAGGAAACAAAACUGCUUUUGUCUGCCAAACCACACCACCACAGGACUUCCAGAGUAGAAGCAGACAGCUCUGAUGAUGAACAAAACGACAGUGGGGUGUCUGCAGAUUUGUCUCCAAUCAACACCCAUGAACUACUCUCCUCGCAAAUCCCUGUUCUAUCCAGCUGUCAUCGAUUCUCAGCCGCAGAGACCUCUAUGGAGAAGCAGAUCCAUGAGGUGGCCUUAGCCACCCAGAACCUGCAGAGAGCUGGAGGUAUCUAUAAUCUUGCAGAUAAUCCUGAUGUUUUGGAGAUACCUUUUAGAACCUGUAUCUCACUUGAUCAGUUGCCCAUCGAGGAUGAUCCAGGCCACAGUGAAAGGUAUUUCACAGAGACGAAGAUGCAGAAAGAGAUAAGUGGAGAUGUUCAGCAAGAGCUGGUGCUGGUCAAUCAAGGGACGGUCCUCAAGGGGUACAGUAAAGGUGAAACUCUGCAAUUAAAGGAGACCAAAAUGACGUUUGAGGCUUUCCAGCAGGACAACACACAGGGUCCAACAAGGCUCAGGAAACCUCAUACAUCCUUGUUGAAAGAUCCCAUUUCUCCCUCAGUUCUGGAGCGUACCCACAGUCUGGAGAUGUUUACACUUACAAGUCACCCAAUUCCAAGAACUCAUUCUCUCAGGUUGUACCAGCCUGCAACAUCUGACAGGGAAGCCAGCAUUCAAAACCUAAGAUCAAAAAGCCCCACUGGAGCCACAAGGGACAAGGCCGGGCGUCUGUCCCCUUACCCAAAACAAGACAAACACCAACGCCCUUACAAAAGCAUGGAUUCUAUAAGCACCGAGGCAUCUGCAACAUCUGGGAAGACUGGAAGUAAAACGAAGGAUGGAAACACAAGAAAAUCAUCUCCCAUCCUGAGACAAAACCCAUUUUUCAAGCUACGUCCAGCUCUUUCUCUGCAGCCUGAGGUUGAGAAGGACAUCCGGGAGGCCAAGGAGAGAGAGGAGGAGCUGCGGAGACAGAGGUUCAAGCUGUACGGAGAGACUUGGCGGAAUGCUGAAGAGGAGGAUGCAUCACCAUUCAAACCUGCUCUCGCAGAUUGGAGAAAACAGUCAAGACACAAAUUGGAACGAACUUGGCCGCCACCCACUAAAAAAGACCGGUUGAAAUCUGAGCAGACUCAGCAGGAGCCAAAGGUUCACAGAGCGGCCGGUCAAAGAUCACCGCUGUGGCAACGCUGGGAGACCGGACUGAUCAAUGGGCAGGCUUCAAAGGAGAAGAAGUGAUGCUGAAUAUUUUCUUACCAUUACCGCUGUUCAUAGUAGCGAUUUGCCACAGAACCACACAGUUUUGUGGAAAGAUGAGUUAGUACGGUGAAAAUCUUUGAAAUAGUUCCAGCAAAAAAUGCUUUCUACAGUCAAUUGUUUAAUUCAGGUUAUAAAGAAAACAAAUUCCCUCUAUCAACACGGUGUUUCUCAUUUAAAUAGUCCCAAAAACCUUCUUUCCACUACAGGCUUUGUAAAAGAAAAUAAUAUGCAAUAAUAAACUGCACCUUAGAGCUACUUUGCGAUGCACGGAAAAAAAAUUAAUUUUAUGUACUGAAAAAACAGGUCUUUUUAAUACCCCCCUGCCCCCUAAAAAAGUAAAAUGUUGUGAAUAUACAUAAAUGCUGUCAUAACAUACAGUGAUUAUUAUUGUGUCUAACUGUACCCCUUCGUGAGCUCCUUCUUUAUUAAAAUGAGGUCUGUGUAACAGUAACAGCAUUUUUUAAAUAAAAUAUUCAUACAUUUCAACUGCCGCAAUUUAACAUGUUUUACAGUUUUUGCACCACAAUUACAACCACAAUCAAAAGGAGCAGGAAUUAUAACAGAAUUACAGUUUAUAUGUG